ACUAAAGGUAUUUGGAUGUGGUGUGUCCCUCACCCUGUCAACCCUAACCACACCUUGGUGCUUCUGGAUACAGAGGGACUGGGGGACAUUGACAAGGGUGACUCUAAAAAUGAUGCCUGGAUCUUCUGUCUGGCUGUUCUUCUCAGCAGCACUUUGGUCUACAACAGCCGUGGAACUAUCGACAACCAAGCACUGGAGAAUUUACACUAUGUCACUGAGCUUGCAGAACAGAUUAAGAUCAAAUCACCUGCAUCUGCACAAGCUGAGGAUGAGGAUGAGGAAGACUUCCAGUUUGUGCGGUUCUUUCCUAAUUUUAUCUGGACAGUACGAGACUUUGUUCUGGACCUAGUGAUUGAAAACAAGGGUCAAGUGAGUGAGGACGAGUACUUAGAUUUUGCGCUUCAGCUGAAGAAAGGCAAUACGAAAAAAAUCAUCAACUACAAUCUUCCAAGACAGUGUAUUCGAAACUAUUUUCCAACCCGGAAAUGUUUCGUUUUUCCUUUACCUGCCUCCCAGGACAAAAUGACUCGCCUUGAGAGCCUAAGUGAAAAUGAUAUAUGGCCUGAUUUUCUUAAAGUGACACAGCAUUUCUGUGACCAUGUCUUUACUGUAAGUAAAGUCAAAACACUAAAAGGAGGACAAAGAAUCACUGGCAGGAGUAAAUUACACACACAAGAGAUAGCUGAGGAUGUGUUGGAAACUUUUCUUAAUGAGAAACGCACAGAAGCAGACAUAAUUCUCCAGACUGACACCAAACUGACCGAACAUGAGAAAAAGGUGGAAGAGGAAAAAAAAGAAAAAGCUCUGUUAGAGCAGAAGUGUAAAGCUGAACAGCAAAGAAAACAGGAGCUAGAACAAAUUAUGGUGGCGGAGAAAACGCAACAUGCGGAACGACUGCAGCAGCUCCAGGAAAAAUUCGAGGAGGAGAAGGUUCUUCAGCAGCAGGAGCUGGAGAAAGCUGUGGAGAGGAAAGUAUGUGAGCAGAAAGAACUCAUGAAGAAAGGCUUUGAUGAAAAGGCAGAGUUUUUGAGUCAGGAGGUUGACCAGCUUAAAAAAGAAAAGGAGAAACUUUCUGGCAGUGGUGUUAUGGAUUAUGUCAAGUCUGCUGUGGGCGUUGCCAAAGAUGUAUUGUCCACAUACUUCCAGUACAAAUUAGUAAAGAAGGGUAUACCAUUUCCUAUAUUCUAAGUAAACCAAGACCAUGUACGUGUUACUUACAAUGGUAGAGCACUUCCAAUAACAGCUUCACAGAUCUUGCAUGUACAUUUAAACUUUUCCACAUUGUUUUUUCUUCUGAUUUUAUAAUACGUCCUAACUUGUCUCACUUUAAA